AUGGCGUCCGACCUGCGUUUCCACUGGGAGAGUGGCUCGUCAUCCCCUGAAGGAUUAGGAAAGGGCAUCGAAGGUAGGUCUUGCUGGUGUCCUGAGCAAGAAGAGGCCUGCUUCGGUUAUGUGCCUACCUCUCUAUUCCCUUGGUCCUACGGGAGCAGUUUCAGAAAGCGGACGUGCUUAACGCCACCAGGCAACCCCGAGGCGUCUCCGCAUUGCGGCAUCCCUGCUGGUCCUCAGAGCUUUGCGAGCAAGAGGGCUUCAGUCGAAACCUCAGUCGGCGAGCCUAACCUCGGUUCGCCAGUGCGGAAGCGAGGAGGGCUUGGAUGGAAGCGUCCACGGGUCAUCCUCUUGCAAGAGUUGGAGGAACAGCAGCAGCUGCCCCCGCGGCCCUCUCUUGAGGAGGAGAAGAGCCCACAAAGCGGUCUUGGAUGCGAUCAAGAGAAGGGGUGGGAAGAUGAUCGGCAGGCCCAGGUACAACGCCCGUAGUUCAAGAACGAUUCUAGAUCAGCGCGCAGACCAGUCGACUGAGUAGAAGUCACCAUCUAUGUAGCAAUGAUGUGGACAUCAGCCUUUGUAGCCACUUGUGAUACGGACCUUUUGCUGGUGCGUGUUCUGAUGUAAAAGACCCAUAUACCGAGC